GUUGCCUUGGCGACGGUAGGGGGGGUACGGAAGCGUUGCCGUGCGGCGUGAUCUCCGCGCUGCGUGGAUGGAGGAAGCAGCUGCUGAUCUUUUGACACAGCGCGAGCGAAAGGCUACUGCAUGAAAGCACUGGAGCUUUGUCGUCGGACGCGAUAGUAGAAUGCACGAAUACCCUCCUGGUUUGAUGGGUCCGAUAAUCGGGAUGUCUCCAGAUAAGAAAGCCGAAUCUCCCGGAGCGCAGGGCGUGUGUGGAGCUGGGACUCUACCUGAAGCAGAGAGUGCUUCCAGUCCCAUGGCUACCAGUCUAGACCAGAUUGGUCGGUCUGGAGCAUUGAGUGUGGUGGCGGGUGAGUCUGAAGAUGAUGAACUAACCAACCUGAACUGGCUUCAUGAGAACCUGCUGCAGAACUUCACGCUUGGAGGCGAAGCGCAACCCAUCAACAGCCCGCUGUUUGACAUAGAGGGAGGCGGUGGGUCGCCACACAGCAACACCGCCUCGUCCACCUCCUCUAUCUCUGCGGGAAGCGAGAGAGAUCCUUACAAGUCAAAGCCUCCUUUCUCUUUCUCCUUACUGAUAUACAUGGCUAUCGAACAGUCGCCCAGCAAAUCUCUCCCAGUGAAGGACAUCUACAGCUGGAUCCUCAAACAUUUUCCAUAUUUCUCCAGCGCCCCUACUGGCUGGAAGAACUCAGUGCGCCACAACCUGUCCCUCAACAAGUGCUUCCGCAAAGUAGAGCGAAGCAUAGGAAAGACCAAUGGGAAAGGCUCUCUGUGGUGCGUUCACCCCGAGUUCCGGCCCAUGCUGAUGCAAGCCCUGAAGAAACAGCACUUCCCGAAUGCACAUGCCUUCUGCACUCCUCCUGCCUCCCCUCCUAGUGCCUCGUCUCCUCCUCAUCACCUUUUCACAUCAGAGCAGGGCUGUGCCCUAAAAGAAUGUGAUUUUGAUGCUGCCACUGCCAUGAUGCUGUUAAAGUCUGCCUCUGAGCAGAACAUUGAUUCUUACCCAGAUGAUCAAGAAGGACCCAUAGAUCUCUCCCGAAGGGACUUGGUGGUUGUGAGUCGGGAUCCAAAGCAGGAUCACAACUACAGCAGCACCCCUGUCCCGCACUGCCCUCGCCAGAUGCCUCCUUCACAGCCGGUCAACUUCAGUCUGGCCCUACACCACGAUCAGGAGAGAGGAGGCCGGGCCCGAUGGCCACGCAGCCCGCUACAGGGUCCGCUUUUCGGAAAGAGGAGCAGAAGAGAUUCUCGUCCAGACGUGGAUGAGGAGCUCAAGGAGGCGGCCGGCUCACUCCUACACCUGGCCGGUAUUCGUACCAGUUUAGUCGCCUCAAGACGCAAGAGCAGGAAAAUCAGUAGGAAAUGAACCCGAUUCUGAAACUCCAUCCUGUGGCCUGCCCAACCUCUCUCUUCUGGUUUGGUGUAUCUUCCUUCUUGUUUAUAAUUGUUGGGGUGUUUUCUUUCUUUUCGUCCGGUCCACUCAUCAAGCAUGGCAAUACAAACACAGGAGAGAAAAGCCAUACUGACAUUUUAUGUACAGAAAAAGAAACCAAUUUGAAUGAACAGCCCACAUCAUUUGAGUUUAACGGUAUGAGAGUUUGAAGAUGUUAAUUGCUUAAAAAAAAAGAAUUAAAAAGAGACUGGUAAAAAAAAAAAAAAA